AUGACGAACACGCUGCCCGCGUGCACCGGUGUCUUCAUGCGCUCGCACUGCCCGCACCCUCGGCUCUUCGAGGAGGAAUACAAGCGGAGCUAUUGCGGGUCGUCGCUCGAGGUGCUGUUGCGUUUUAAUAAUGAGACGGAUGACCAGGAGGACAGCGGAAGUUUCGCACCAUUUGACAUCUCGAACGUUUUCGUCUUUGCGCACUUUGAGGUCGACGGUCAACCUCUCAGUACUACUACGUACUCGCUGCGGUACCUGCGUAGUGUCUCUCAGAGUGAAGCAAAUCCAGAGGGUCCGUGGAUCGAGGGCGUACAUCAGACAGCAGCCAGACACCAGCACUCGCAACAACUGCAACCUCCGUUGCCACCAACGAACUCUCCGGAUAACACAUACCCCGAGACAGCUGCAUUCGUGUUAAAUGGCCAGGCAUACGCCAAAUGGUAUUACCACUGGGGAAGUGGAGCCAAUAAGGUGCAGCGAGCGACGAAGCAUGUGCUGAAAGCCUACGUCUUCUACCAGACUCGGACGCCGGAAUCGAUUCUAGCCCUGCAAGGAACCGUCCAACAGGAUCAGGCAAGAGACGGAGCACUCGAGUUGCUCUGCGUAGUGACGUCUCCGCCAUUUACAGUGGUCUCGUAUCGUCGCGCACCGCUGGAUGCUUCCACGGGUCUUGCAGGCCCUCGCACGGAUGCAACUGCAUCGAUGGUGCCGCACUACGCGACAGACACGGCCCACCCCGUUGACUCCAGGCUGCGAAGUCUUGUGCAGCACCAAAUCUCAAGAGCUUUUCAAGAGUACAACCAACAUCAACAUCAACAUGACCCACGUGGUGGCUCGUCAGACGAACCAUUGCGCUUACGGGGUGACCAGGACGAGAACCAAGUGAGCAACGAUACUCGAAGCACAUUUGAUCGGUAUCGGCAGUUGCAGGAGCGUGAAGGUCUUCGAUUCCGACUUUUAACGCCAGAAGAUGCAUCGCUGUCAGGGUCAUCACUGCACAGUCAGAUUCAAACCCAGGGACCGCGACUCGUUUUUGACAGCAUCCGACGCAGAAAUGACCAACUGCUUUGGCGUGACGCGAGCAGGGACGAUGGAGAAGACGAAAUCUGCGAUGAACAAUCGCUAGAACGUCGAAGCUCAGAUUCCGAAGGUAAAGUGUCUGGGCCAGUAUGGAUGCAACCGUCAACAACCGACCCAGUUAGACACGGGGAUAUCGCUCUUCGACGAUUCAAGCAGCAGCAGCAACAGUUCGAUACCCAUCAGCGCGAGUUGCAGCAGGUUACUGAUCUGGCAAUUGUCCACUUCUUCGUGUCCCACAUCGCGACGAGCAAAUUCGGAAAUGCGGCUAGCAUGGAAGCUGCAUUCACGAUUGCGAUUUCACAACACUGGCAAUAUGCAUCGGGUGAGGCCGCGCAUCUUGCAGGGCUGUUGCUGUCCAUGGCUAAGAGCGGAGGAUCCCAAGACCUGACUGUGUCUCGCUGCACAACCGAGCGCGAUCAGUUGCUGCUUGUGUUGGCUGAAGUUUGUGUUUGGGCUUUUUCACCUGAUAACAUUGAAGUAGUGCAAAAUUUGCUGGCUGCAUGCCACCCGUUGCUGCUGGAGAACGUCAACUCCAGCGGUUCUGGUGUUGUCGAUGAGGGAAAAGAACUCCGUGAAGCGUACUUCGAGUGUGUUGGGCGAUGCUGGGGUGCCAUGGAUCGUUUCCUGCAGACGCCGCGGGCGACUCAGACGACGAUCCAUAGUGUACGGGCAUUGAGCGAUGCCGUGCUGGGCGUCGUCUACAGUGACCCAGAACUGGAGUCUCUGCGCGUUGGAUUGAGGGCCAUGCUUCAGCGACCCACGAUAGUGCUCGAAGAUAGCAAGGAAAAUAUUUCUGCAACCUCUGACGCGUAUGACUCUGUUAUCCCACGUUGCAAUCUCGUGGGGUGGCAGAGCUUCGUAGCGCAAGUACGAGAAGGCUAUCUGGUCCAAGCGGAGCCGUCAGUGCUGUCACGAGACAACGCAUGGUUGCGGCUUAUUUGUGAUAGCCGAGUGCGUGUGGCUCCAAUUGCUUUUAACGGCUUGACAAGUUUGAUUGGCGGAGUUUCGUCUUGCUUUGGAGGCGACUACGUAGCGUAUCGCCUGGAGCGACAGGAACCAACAAUCAAUUGCAUUUGCGUGGAGUUUUACUGGUGGCCAACAGGGAUAGCUCAAGGCGGAGUGCAAACUCGACUGACCGCCUUCCGAAGCGUCGUGACACUCAAGUCGGAACCCAACGGUGCGUUCAUGGAAGUGCGUGUGAAUUUGGAACGCGGUGUCGUGGAGAACCAAACCAUCGUCGCGGCAGCGUUUCCUCAGCUGGAGUUGUGGUCUCCAGCCGAGCGGGUGCAGGCGGUUGCAGGCUGGGAGCUCUGGCUCUCGAUCGAAGGUGUCUAUGUGCAGAAAUGA